CCUCGGCCUACCUUGAGCUUCCCUAUAUAAGGCUCUGCACGCCCUCCCUCCAGCUUCAAGUUCAGAGCAGAGCAUCACUCACUACUGAGAUUUGAGUGGAGCACGGCAUAGCUAGCUGAGCUAGCUACAAUGGGGAGGCGCGUGUCGGGUGUGGCGCUCGCGGCGCUGGCCGUGGUGUUGGCCCUCGGAGUGGCCGCCGAGGCGCGUCGCUUGGAGAAGGACGGCUUGUUGGGCGGUGGUGGCGGCUUUGGCGGAGGCGGCGGCUUUGGCGGCGGGAUCGGUCAUGGUGGUGGCGUCGGGAUUGGGUUCGGUGGUGGUAAAGGGGGUGGCCUUGGCGGAGGUGGUGGUCUCGGAGGAGGCGGUGGUGCUGGGGGUGGGCUUGGCGGAGGGCUCGGCCAUGGUGGCGGCGUUGGAAUUGGGUUUGGUGGCGGGAAAGGUGGAGGUUUAGGCGGUGGAGGCGGCCUCGGAGGUGGGGGCGGAGCUGGUGGUGGUGGUGGACUUGGCGGAGGGAUCGGGCAUGGCGGCGGGCUUGGAGGUGGCAUUGGCAAGGGUGGUGGUUUUGGAGGUGGUAUUGGGAAAGGUGGUGGUGUCGGUGGAGGAAUCGGCCAUGGCGGUGGCCUCGGAGGUGGCAUUGGGAAAGGUGGUGGUCUUGGUGGAGGUGGUGGUUUCGGUGGAGGUGCCGGAGGUGGUGCAGGUGGUGGUCUCGGCGGAGGCGCAGGAAGCGGUGCCGGUGGUGGCCUCGGAGGUGGUUCAGGCGGAGGAGGACUCGGUGGCGGUGCUGGAGGAGGUUCAGGUGGUGGCCUUGGAGGAGGCGCCGGUUCCGGUGGUGGACUCGGUGGCGGUGCUGGAGGAGGUUCAGGUGGUGGCCUUGGAGGAGGCGCCGGUUCCGGUGGUGGACUUGGAGGUGGCGCCGGUUCAGGUGGUGGGCUCGGAGGUGGCGCCGGAGGAGGUUCAGGUGGUGGCCUUGGAGGAGGUGCCGGUUCCGGUGGUGGACUUGGUGGUGGCGCGGGGGGAGGUUCAGGCGGUGGCCUCGGUGGUGGCGCCGGAGGAGGCUCCGGUGGUGGUCUGGGAGGCGGUGCCGGUUCAGGCGGUGGUCUUGGUGGAGGCUCCGGUGGUGGAUUUGGAGGCGGCGCGGGGGGAGGUGGUGGACUCGGCGGUGGAGCUGGUGGAGGCGGAGGCGCCGGAGCCGCCGGCGGUUUCGGAGGAGGCAAGGGCGGCGGAUUCGGCGGCGGCGUAGGCGGAGGA